AUGUCGGAGCAAGCUGAGACAGUAGUGGCUAGUAAUCCUACGGUACGGGAAUCCACAGAAAUCCUGGCUCCGGACACAAUCGAGGCACUAGACGCCACAGUUGAAAAGCUCACAACAGUAACUGCAAGUGCAGUCGACCAUCAUACAGCGGACCUGCGACUAUCCCCAUACGCAAAGCGGUGGUUUACCCCCGGUCUGAAGUCCCAGCAAAGAGGGGUGAACCAGGCGCGAUGCAAAUGGCAGAUGAGCUGCGUAAACCUAGGACGGGAGGACCCCAGCACUAUGGUGCUCUUCGAAGACAUGCGUGAGAAGCGACGUGCGUGGACGCGGACAAUUGAGAAGGCCAAGACAUUACACUGGAGACGCUUUCUGGACGAAGCAGGCGAAGGAAAGCUAUGUAAAGCAGCAACAUACCUAAAACCGCGAGAGUCUUGGAGUUGUAUCCCUGCCCUUAAAGUUGGUGGACGGGAGGUGACCGACAACCAAGAGAAGGCAAAGGCAUUUAUGGACUCGUUCUUCCCCAUUAUGGCGCCUGCUCAAGAGGAAACUCUCGUGCAGCCCUUAGCUGAACUUCCAUGGCAGUCGAUUUCAGAGAUUGAGGUCUACCGAUCUCUAAAAUCGGCCAAAAGCUCGACUGCACCAGGAGAAGACGGUCUCCCGAUGUUAAUAUGGAAACGCCUGUGGAGACAUCUCGGAAACCUCAUCACUCGGAUCUUCGCGACGUCGAUCGUGCUGGGAUAUCACCCUGUACGGUGGAGAACUGCCAAGAUCGCAGUACUACGGAAACCCGGGAAACCGGACUACUCGCUCCCGGGGGCGUACCGCCCAAUCUCACUGCUUAACGCGCUCGGCAAACUGCUGGAGGCGGUCAUAGCCCGGCGGCUGUCCUACUUCGCAGAGCACUACGGACUCCUUCCAGACACCCAAUUCGGAGGACGGCCAGGACGUACCACCGAGCAGGCCUUACUAGUGCUAGCUAACGCCAUCGAUCGAGCCUGGCUCGGGCAGAGGGUUGUCGCAUUAGUGGCCUUUGAUCUUGAAGGAGCUUUCAAUGGAGUCAACAAGACAAGUCUAGACGCCCGACUCAAAGCAAAAGGCAUCCCUGCGGUGCUCCGGAGAUGGAUUGCAAGCUUUAUGAGCGGACUACAGGCCAACAUCGGGUUUGACGACUACCACACGGAGGUAACAGCGCUCGACAAUGGCGGACUUGCACAAGGCUCACCCCUAUCGCCUAUCCUCUUCGCAUUUUUCAACAGUGAUCUAGUCGACCAGCCCGUCGAUUUCCAUGACGGUGCGUCGGCCUAUAUAGACGAUUAUUUCCGCUGGCGAGUCGGCCGGACCGCCGAGGAAAAUCUAGCCAAAAUCCAAUCGGAAGAUAUACCGCGGAUUGAAGGGUGGGCCCGUAAGACAGGGUCCUGCUUCGCAGCAGAGGAAACAGAACUCAUUCACUUCACCAGAACAAGGAAAGAACAAUAUCAAGGCCAGAUUGUCAUGAACAGCAAUGUCAUCAAACCAUCAACAACCACUAAGCUCCUAGGGGUGAUCUUCGAUCACGAACUCCGAUGGAAGGACCACGUACAGCAGGUGGUUAAGCGAGCCACCAAGGUCAACAUCGCGCUAGGAGGGCUACGACAACUCCAGCCCGAGCAGAUGCGACAGCUAUACGAGGCGUGUGUUGCACCAAUCCUUGAAUACGCGUCAACGGUCUGGCACGAUCCACUUCGAGAUAGGACGCAUCUACGACAGCUACGCACUGUUCAGCGAACUGCACUCAUCCGGGUCCUCUCCGCCUUUCGAACGGUAGCCUCAUCUACGCUCGACGUUGAAGCCUAUGUGCUGCCUACCCAUCUUUGUCUCCGCCACCGUGCGCAAGACACCAUCACCAGACUCCAUACCUUACCACGGAAACACCCCAUAUGGGACACCCUGCUUCGAGCCCAGAGACGACGGAAUAACGUUCGUUCGCGCGCCCGGUUCCCGCUCGCGGAGGCCCUGAAGACAAUGAGCCUGGAAAGGCUCCAAGAGCUAGAACUGAUCGACCCAACUCCGCUGCCACCGUGGCGGACUGAGGCCUUCUCAGAGAUAGAGAUUAAACGGGACAGAGAGAUUGCAAUGGCACGAGCGGACGCUGCACGGUCUAACUCAGACAUCGUCGUUUACUCCGUUGCAUCAGGACGCAAAGGUCACUUAGGCGCCGCGGCGGUAGUGCUCGACGACAGGCUGAAGAUAACCGAGAGGGUACAGAUACAAGUCGGACCUAUGGACCGAUGGUCGGUACAUGCGGCUGAACUGUUCGGUAUCCUGUAUGCUACCAACCUCAUCAACAAGAUCGCCCUCCAACGGCGGAGAUCGACUGGUACACGGGUUCAGCACUCCACCAUCCUCAGCGAUAGUAUGUCAGCACUACAAGCAAUCCGGAACCCCGGAAACAAAUCCGGGCAGCAGAUCAUAUACGCUAUUCUACAAGCAGGCAGGAACACCAAGUCUCACGGCAUCGCGAUCCGGCUUCAAUGGACGCCCGGUCAUUGCGACUCACUCGGGAAUGACACCGCAGACCAUCCAUUCCCCCCCUUGCUAUCACGCGAGCGGGCUCACAUCAGACAAGGAAUCUACGCCUAA